UUUCCUAGAAUUGGUCUACUAGAAAUACCAUCACUUCCAGACACCUGGCUUUUUGAUCCAAACAGUUCAAAUAGCUACACAGUUGGUGGUUUGUCAAUUAAACCUUUACGUCCGAUGGAAACAUGGUCACUAAAAUAUGAUGGGAUGAUGAGAAUUGCAGAGACUGGCAGGAUUGUGAAGGUGACUAUGAAUCUGAUUUGGAAAGCUUAUACAAAACUCUUUGACUUUGACACUGAUCUUCAUCCUCAUGUCAUGGCAGAUGGGCUUGCACGCGAGACAUGGACAAGGAAAUACUUUGACACACUAAAAAGUCUCCACCAGACCCACUAUGAACAGUUUGGAGAGAUAACUGGCAGUGUGCAUGUGUCCAGUUACCAAGUUCAGGAAAUCAAAGUACAAGGAGUCAGAGAUCAUUCCUAUGGUAACAUUAGAGACUGGAAACUAUUUCACCGUUACGCUCUGAACUAUGCACAUUUGGAGGAUAACACUGCCCUGUGUGUGGGAGCAAUCUGCAUGCCAGUUACACUGUCCAGGUUGGUGGUGGGCUAUGUGUUUCACCCUGAUGGAACUAUGGACCCAGUUACUGGCACCGAUUUUGAGUUCUACAAUCAUGGAGAUGAUGGCAAACCUCCAGACAAGCUUGUUGUCAACUUCAAAGCAGGUAACAAAAUUUAUCAUCUGGAGUGUGAAGUGAUACAGUCUCCUACCUUUUACAUGGGCAAAGACUGGGAUGCCAAGAUUUAUGAACGGUUCUGCAACUAUACAGUCAAUGGAGUUAAAGGUUGGGGCAUCAGUGAGUGGCAAUACAGGAAUUAUAAUGGAAAAGCAGCUGAGUUGAGAAAACUGAAGGACAGAAAAAAAGACCCAGCACAAGACAGAAGUCUGCAGCAGUUGUAG